UGCGGAUUCAAAACAUAACCGACAUCUGAUCUGUCAACGUGCAACAGGAGCAGCAGCCGAACCACUCCGCGGAUUUCCAGACAUCCAAGUGCACCGCGUGUCCUGUUUCUGAGUUCUAAAGUGUUAUUCCCGAAUCGAUCCUGCGAUAGUCGCAUCGCGGUUAUUUACAAUCCGGUCUGUGAAUUUUCAGCGGCUUUGGAUUUCGCUCAGCGUCAGCCAGACGUGCCACAUCCACAUCACCCCAGCAUAGCCACCACCCCAUCGCAAUGAACUCCCUACACGCCCACCUCCUCCUCCUGGCCGUUUGCUGCGUCGGCUACAUCGCCAGCUCCCCGGUAAUUGGCCAGGAUCAGCGUGGUCCAGUGGCCGGCGACAGCGAUGCCGAUGUCCUGCUGGCCGCCGAUGAGAUGGGCGACAACGGAGGCGACAACAUCGAUAAGCGGGUGGAGCGGUACGCCUUCGGUCUGGGUCGUCGGGCCUACAUGUACACGAACGGAGGACCGGGCAUGAAGCGCCUGCCGGUCUACAACUUUGGUCUGGGCAAAAGGUCUCGUCCCUACUCCUUCGGUCUGGGCAAGCGCGCCGACUACGACUACGAUCAGGACAAUGAGGUUGACUACAGAGUGCCGCCAGCGAACUACUUGGCCGCCGAGCGUGGUGUGCGACCUGGCAGACAGAACAAGCGGACGACGCGCCCGCAACCCUUCAACUUUGGCCUGGGCCGGCGUUAAGUUAAUCCGGGCCUAAUCCUCCCCGGAUGGCGCACUAAUCCAAAUCCAGCCGUGCGCCAUUCGUCAGGGAGCCCAUCCUAAUCCUACCUAAAAUUAUCAAAGAAGUACUUGCUAAAAAAAGCUCUCAGAAUCUUCUCCACACUUAAAUCACAUUCAGGAGUCAAUCUAAAUGUCAAAUAUUUAUAUUAAUUCGCUAGAGCCAAAUGUAUUUAUUUUUAGUUUUUAAAUCGAGACGUUUAACGGCAGCCUCAAAUUGACAUAAAACUGCAAAAAAACACAAAAAAAAA